AUGGGUGCGGGGGAGGAGAUGUCUGCUGACUGCCGUUUCGACGGUUUGUUCGCCACAGUUGCAGAACAAGCAGGGGGCAUUGAACCUCUCUUUGACUUCUUCUUCGGCUUUCUAUGCCGGAAAACAGAUUUCUUUACGGUAGGACGCGUGGCCUGCAAAGAAAUGCUCGACAAAUCAUUUCAAAACUGGACCAUCAAGGCGACAGAAAAGGCGGAGAGGGAGAGGCUUCACAGGGAGAAGCAACAAAGGCAGCAAGCUCAGCAAAAGCAGCCGCCAAAGGACCUAGAUAGUCGGCCAAAAGUUGAGGAGUUGACUGCGGAGGAGGAGGCUCUUUUCACUCAUUCGUUAAACGAAAACCCGAAUAUCACGUCCAAGCACCAAGACUCUAAAUCGGAGAGCCCUCACGGCACCUCGCACGAUGCAGCAGAGAUGUCAGACGACGAAGCAAGCAGCAGCCGCCCUGAGGGGAACGGAGGCUCCACCGAAAAGUACCGGUGGACUCAAACUCUGGAGGCGGUAGAUGUGUACGUCCCCGUGGGCUCCGGCGUGAGAGCUGCCCAGUGCAACGUGAAGAUCACAGCGACGCGACUGAUUGUAGGCCUGAAGGGGCAGAAUCCCAUUUUGGACGGAGUGUUUUCGCAAAAAGUGCACGCGGAGGACUGCAUGUGGACGUUGGAGGAUCAAAAUACAAUUCACUUGAGUCUUGAAAAAGUUGACAGAAUGCGCUGGUGGAGCUGCGUGCUAAAGGGAGACCCUGAAAUCGACACCAAGACUAUUGUCCCAGAGAACUCGAAGCUUUCUGAUUUAGAUCCAGAGACGCGCGCAACCGUCGAAAAGAUGAUGUUCGAUCAGCAUCAAAAACAACGAGGACUGCCCACGAGCGAUCAACAACGUCAGGCGGAGAUGCUUGAAAAAUUCAAACAGUCUCAUCCGGAGCUUGAUUUUUCCAAUGCAAAGAUUAAUUGGGGCGGUUCAGCUUGGGGCGGUUGA